GUUACUAUUUUGUCUCUUCCUCCAGAGGUUCUUUUGAGGAUCUCAUCGUAUUGCGACUACGCGGCAGCGCUUGCCCUAUCGCUGACCUGCAAGGACCUGCGUGUCUUCAGACCGCAUGGCUACGGAAUGAUUGACUUAUUGCAAAUCGAGCGAUGGCCAUGCUACGAUCCCGCAGGACAAGCCGAAGACCACGUGAGACAGCCUCUUGCUGGGAGAGACUAUUUCGCAUGCUCGCUCUGCCUUCACAUUCGAUCCGCGAUGGAGUUUUCGAAUGCAAUGAUGAAGGGGAAGAGAGGGAAACAUUCCCAGGCGAUAUGCGAUGAUUUUGGAGCCCGUCUCAAGCGGUUCUGCAUUGAGUGUGGCAUUGAACAUGGGAAAUACCAAUCAGGGACUGUCAUGCAGUUUGGAGGCGCUCCUCUGAGUGAUCUGGAUCGGGAGAUUGGUGGGGGGCAAGGGCUGGUUUGUCGCAGAUGCCGCUCUUUCAGCAGAUUUCCAUACUACGGCGAAGUAGGUAUGGCGAAGCUGUGUGUCUCAUGUUCAAGGCAGUUGAGAAAGCAG